CCUGCAACUCUAAAGGCAAACCUGAUGAAGUUUUGGUUCUAUUGUGUUUGAACCUGAUACAGCACUAGUUGGUUCUUCUACGGCGCUGCAAAAAGCCCCGACGCUUGGGCUCCCACUUUUCCAACCAAUUUGCACCCCUGACAAUAUCAACGCAAUCUUUCAUCGUAUUUUAUUCAAACUGUGUUGAUGUCCUGGGCCGCCGUCGCCGGGCGGCAGUCGGCCGCGCCGGCGCCUGUAGACGCGCCAGCGCCGACAGCCGAGGAGCGUGUUGCUGUGGUCGACGCAAAUGCUCUUAUCAGUGGAUUGCGUCUUGAGAACCUCGCGGACCGCUUCUGCACAAUUCCCGAGGUUCUUGCCGAGGUCCGCGACAAGCAGGCUCGUACGUUCUUGUCGACGCUACCCUUUUCAUUGGAUGUCCGCGAGCCGGAGGAGGAGUCUCUGAAAGCGGUGCAACGGUUCGCGCGUGAGACCGGCGACAUCCACUCGCUAUCGACGGUGGACGUGAAGCUGCUGGCGCUGGCGCACUCUCUGGAGGUGGCCGCCAACGGCCAGGCCAACCUGCGCGAGCACCCCGUGCAGGUCCGCACCCGCCAGAAGCACAAGUCGCGGCCACGGCAGCUGCCGGGCUGGGGCACCGUGCCCAACCCGGAGGACUGGAAGGUGGUGGAUGAGGCGCCGGAGGACAUGCUCACGAACGCCACCGGCCCCGACCAGAGCCGCAUCAUCGCCGCCGUGCAGUCUCUCACACUGGACGGAGCCGUCGAGGCGCCGCCGGCGCUCCCGCCGCCGCCGGCGCUGACCACCUCGACAGCGCCGCCGGCCGCGGGCUCGUUCGGCGCCGCAGUUGCUGCCGCCGCGGCGGCGGGCGGCGCUGGCGCGGCGGCGGCGGCGCCGGCGUUGGUGCCGCCGCCAGCUCAGCCCUCGGCGUCACAGGCGGUGCAGCAGGCGCCGGCUCAAGGGGAGCCGGUGACCUCGGGCCACGGCGAGGACGACGACGAGGAGGAUGAGGAUGAGGAUGACGAGGAUGACGGCUGGUGCACUGCGGCCAAGAGCCGCAACGCGGCGCGGCGCAAGUCGCGGAAAGAGCGGCGACACGCGGCCUGGCUAGAGGCCCAGCAGCAGCAACAAGCGAAGCAGCCGCCGCAAGCCGGCGCCGCGGCGCCAGCGCCGGCAGCAGCAGCAGCAGAGGGGGCGCCGCCAGCGGCGGAGGGCGCCGAGGGCGAGUCGGAGGGCGAGGACGAGGAGGUUGAGAUGGAGGAGCACGAGGGUGUGGAGCUGGUGACCGACGAUGGGGAAGAUGAGGGCGAGGAGGGCGAGGGCGAGGGCGAGGGCGAGGAAGGUGCGCCCAGCGAGGCGGGCACGGCGGCAACCACCGCCGCCACCACCACGACGGCGGCGGCGGGCGGCCUGGAGUUGGUUGACGAGCUGCUGCCCAACACCACCUCCAACGUGUUCACGGUGACGGCGGACUUCGCGAUGCAGAACGUGAUGCUGCAGAUGGGGCUGCGGCUGGUGACGCGCGACGGCAAGCAAAUCACCAGGGUGAGCCGCUGGGCGCUCCGCUGCAGCGCCUGCUACUUCGUGACCAAGGAGGCGGGGCGGCUGUUCUGCCCGCGGUGCGGCAACAUGACCAUGGACAAGGUGGAGGUGACGGUGGGCCCCGGCGGCGCCGAGUUCUUCGGCGUGCGCAAGAAGUUCAUCCUGCGCGGCACCCGCUACUCGCUGCCCAAGCCCAAGGGCGGGCGCCUGGCCGUGCGCAACCCAAUCCUGCGCGAGGACGUGCUUCUGGCGCGGCAGGCCGGCAACCGCCGUGGCGGCAACAAGCCGCAGGCGGCGGGCGAGCUGGACCCCUUCGCCCCAGAGUACGGCACGGAGACGUGGCACCAGGCGGGCGGCGGCCGCGGCGGCGGCAAGGGGUUGCCGCGGCAGCUUCACCUGACCUCGUGGAAGAACAACCCCAACGAGGUCAAGGCGCAGCGCAAGAGCCGCCGGAAGUAGUGAGGCGAGGCGGGAGCUUGGAGGUGCUCGCGCGCUAUCUGUGGGCGAGACGCGGUCGCUGCGCAGGGGAAGGAGAUGGGAGCGCUGGGGAUCUGAGCGCAGCGGCGAAGGAUGACAUGAGUUUGGAGUUGGCUAGUGCUUGUACGUGUGGUGAAUUGGUGGUUGUGGUGGUUGUGGUGGUAGGGCAGUGGUGAUGAACAGGGCUGUGUCUUUGUCGUGGUCGUGACGCGUGGUCGGGCAGCAUUUACAGCGCGUCACCAGAUGCGUGCGCAUUGCGCAUCUCUGUAAUCACGGACAUGGCAGUCCUUCCUGCGAUCAGGAGUGUAGAAGCACUUCUUGGUAUUCCCGGCAAAGCAGGAAUGUAAACAUCCAAGCAA